AUAUAUAUAUAUAUAUAUAUUGUGACAGUGGGGCGAUCUGUCAAGCCAGGAUUUUCAAGACAGAUUAAGGGGUUCUGGGGUACGUGUUUGAUACAGCGGAAAGUGGAUUUUCACUUUCCUCAUUUGUUUGUAAGGUCCAUUUUGGGACCAGGAGUCUGGAGAUUUCAAAGCGAUUUGGGAGGGAUGAAAUCUCCAGUCCUGGGACCAGGUUUUGGGAAUGGCCAGGAUACUGAUUGCUCAGGUGUGCAGGGCAAUCUUCUAGAGUCAGGACCAGGGUUCCUGGCUCCACCCCGGCAGACAGGAGUCAGGAGGGCUCCAUCCUGGCAGACAGGA